AUGAAUGACGACGUGCAGGUAUCAGGCUCGCGUCGAAGGGCAGCGCAGAAAGCGGCGGGGAGCUUUGCAGCCCAGCUGACGGACUCUGACUCCGACGAUGCCCUGCCCUCGGACGCGUCCUCUGCGUAUCCCAGCCCAUCAAAGAAGAAAGGGAACACGACCGUUACUUACGGUGGCAAGGGUCGGACGAUCGCUCCUGAUAAUACCGCGCGACAGCCAGCAAGAAGGAAGUCUGGCGUGACGGCCGCCACUCCGACCAAAAGAGAGGCCAAGGUUCCGAAGAAACAGUCCCAAGCGAAUCUGAAGAAACGGCGGCUGUCGUCCUCGCCGCUCUCGGAGCUAUCCCGGUCGCGGUCGGCGUCUGACGUACCGCCUUCAACGACUGUAACUACAAGUACAACUACAACCGCUACGCUUCCGCGUGCGUCGCCCUUGAAGCGCGCUCCGGGCUCGUCCACCAGCCUGAGCGAGCUGUCGGACCUAUCCUCUGUCUCUAGACCGUCAACGCCUAAGCAGAAGCAGUUUCGACCGCCGCCCCGGCCCGUGAGCAGCAUGUUCGCAGCAGACAACUCGCCCGUCCCAAGCCAAGCGGCGGCUGAGGAGGAGGAGGAUGAAUGGGACCUGGGGAAGCUGGGGUCGCUCGUCUGGGUGCGCAUUGACAAGCACGGAAACACAGUAUCGAAUGAGAGUGAAGAAGAUGAAUAUGCCUCGGACACAGCAUUCUGGUGGCCAGGCAGGAUCCUGAAUGACAAUGACAAUAUCGAUGCGCUGCCUUUGAAAGUUUCGUUGUUUGGUAAACCGAGCGCAUACAGUCCGCAAACUACCGAGAUACGAACUCCCUCGAGUGCGAACAUCCUAUCUAUGCAUUCACCGCGACACAUAAUACGAUUCAACUCUAACAACUUCACCCUGAGCAUGCCGUCGAGUUCGUAUCAGGCGUCGCCCAGGAAGAAACAGAAGACAGAUCUGGAAACGCGGUGGAACGAUGCCGUGGCGCAGAUGGUCGCGAAGGACGCGGAGGACAAUGACGGCCUUCCCAGCGCCUCGUCGCUCUUCGCCUUCGCCGGAGUCAGCUCGUUCAGCUCCCUGCUGGGCUCCGGUCCAGGACGCAACCACAAGAAACCCAAGACACCCAAAUCCAAGGCAACCCCAGCUCGCCCGGACCCAGACGAGGACGAGCGCUGGUCCCCGCCGCCGCCCGACGCGCUGCUCGAGAUCCCGGGCGAGCUCGUGCUCGCACGCGAGAGCAGGAACCGCACGGAGUACUGGCCCGCGAAGGUAAUGGCGUACGUCCCGCCCGCGCACCGUCGCGCGCCGCCAAGAUACGAGCUGCAGUACCUCGACCAGACGACGCACCGGGUGACGCGGGACCUGUUCUACACGUGCGAGGAGCGCGGGUUCGUGGACUGCAAGCUCGGUCAGUUUGAGAGCUCUGUCAGUCUCGAGGAGGCACAUAACGAUGAUCACGACGAGGACGACGACGGGGUGCUCGAAGACGGUGCUUCCGAACCCGAGUCUGAGGAGCCGCCUUCCCUCCCGCCGCCACCCCGCAUCGACUUCUGCGCGCUGCCCAUCGCCGCGCAGCUCGCGUACGUGAAACCUGUCCUGUCGCUGAUCAUGCAGGAGAAGUACGAGCCCGCACGCGCUCGGCACGCGGCCUUUAUGAAAGGUGGCGCGGCCCGGGUCAACGUGUGCAAGAGCGCUGCCGCCAAGGGCGAUUUGACGGCGUUGGAGGUGGCGCAGCUGCAGAGGCGGUUGAGUAGGUGGAUUCUGCGCGACGAACCGGAAGGUGAGAUGCAGAACUCGGACGGGCUGGAAGUAGCUACGGGAGCGGCAUCCGAUGGUCCACAAGGGCGUGGAUAUGAUGAUCCUGCUUCAGGAACACGCAGCAGUGAAGUCGAGACCCUACCAUCCUCCCCCGCGGAACCUCCGCCGUCUUCACUGGCGGUAACGGAUGAUAUACAGGCACAGUGCCUCGAGCGACAAGACGAGCCGUCCCCAAGAGCUAACUCUCCAGAAGCAGAGGCUCCCGCGAGGCAACCCGCUACAUUCGAGUCCUUAUCAGGUGUCGAGAAAGUCGAGUACUGCUCCAACGUCCUCCUGCCGGAGGCUAUCAUCCAGUUGUUGCUGUGGCGGUGGGAGAAACGAACGACCCUGGAACCGCUGGAAGACUCUGAGGAAGAGACUCGUUUGUAUAAGGUUGGUUUGGAAAAAGCUGAAGAGACCGAUUGGGUACAUGAUGUUCUCCGGUUACGAGAGGCGAAAUCCAAGAGGCUCAAGAAGGCCCCACAGUCUAAUGGUAAUAAUACUGGAGGGACACGGUCGCGCCCUAGGAGGGCAUGAUCAACCUCCCAGGGGCAUUGACAGUGAAACAUCUCGAGGCUGUAUUUGGGUCGAGCAUUCUCUCGUUAUCUUCUCUCGAGGACACUCGUUGGAUAGCGAAACAUAUCAGUCAUCAUCAUGAUCAGCAUACCCCAUGCUUCGUUCACGCAAUCUUGGCAAUCUGUCGUAGUACGGUAACAAUAGCAUUAUGCAGUGUAUAUUGUACGAACAUCAUCCAUCAGUUCAUCGUCCCUAGUCCACUAGCAAUCCCAUUCAUAAGAAAUCUACUGCGCUCUUCUGAUUCCGCCUUUCAAUCCCCCUCCUCGCAUACUACAACGCUUGUUCUUCUCUACGACGGAUGCUCAUUGACUCGUUCCCUCCCACGGCACUAUGGUCGGAGAGUUCUUUCGUAGCAACCACAUGCUUGCUUCAACAUUAGCAUUUGGGCACGCUCUAUCCGAUUAGAACCAACCAUGGCCCGUCGGACGCCUUAGCAUCCUACUGGUGCCCUGGCGCAGGCUCUGGAAGUACGGGGCUUCGGCUCGCCAUAAAGCUAUAGCUCCCUCGUGGAGGAUAAACCGCGUGGACUCGGAUGAGCGUGUCGUGCGAUCUGGCGGACACACCCAGCCUGGCUAUUUCUGUCUUACGACAGAUAAGGCGCCACUUCGUCGGUCAUUCAGCUCGUGGUGAUCGUGGCAACAUAGUCCCGCGAAACGUCGUGAUUCGAUACGUGACGCCUCCAGAGACAUGCGCUCCAAUCAUAGCUCAUUCUUCAUGCAACGCUGCUCCGCUGGGAAGAUGCAGGGAACUCGCGUUCCGUGAGCUGGCCGGCCUAGGCACCAAGGUCGACAAAUUCAUCUGCGAUGAAUUGCGAGAGCGAGACGAUAGCGAGGAUACGUUGUUGCUAUUGGCUAGGGAAUAGAGGGCUUCGUCCUGGUAGAAACUUUGAGAUGAGGGUGAGACGGGCGGAUGUGGCAUGCUGGCCAGGCUCGGCUUGCCGUAUCCGUUUCCAUUCCCGUUCGCAUAGCCUGCGUUCAUGGCAGGGGAGGAGAAGGACCGAUGGAUUGGCGAUACUCGGGGCGUUGCAUUCGUUUGCCGUAAGAUGGGACGAUGUCCGUUCAUGACGCUGGCUGCAGACCGAGUCCUUGAAGAUGAAGAGAGCAACCUGCGCAGCGGGUAAAGCCAAGCGCGAGGUCCGGAGAUGGGUGAUUGCGGGCGAGACGACGAGGGCGACCCCAACCCAUUUCCGUACAACGGCUGACCUUCCUCCAUAACAUAGCUGUCGGCUACGUAAUCCCUGUCCUUCUUGAAGGGACCUCUAACCAUCCGGCGCGCAGAAACUUUAAGCUGGUGCCGAAGCCGAUAAAUAACCAAUAAAAAUGUCGAUAUCACGAAAAGGUAUAUCGCCCACCCAACCGGCGAAAAGCCGAGAGAGGCUUUCGUCAAGGCCGGGGGGAGAUGGGGAGCCAGUACAUCUUCAAUCGUGUCCAAGUGCCAGAAUGGGCGAAUCGGCUUGAUGGUGAUAUUGCUGGACUCGGGUAUGUCUUCCAACGGGUCCGAAAGCGGAGGCUUGUUCCGAUUGGCCUCUAGCACAGGAACCUGUUUACUAGCCUCCAGCACCAUCUUCCCCAGAGUCCAGC